GCAGCACCUGUGGUAUGUGAGCAACGAUCUACAGGUUUUUGUUGUAAUCGCCCUUCCACUGACACUGCUGUUUAUGAGGUACCGAAGAACGGCCUUCGUCGUAUCAGCCGCACUGGUUGUAGCCUUCGCGGUGCUCACCUCUGUUCAGACUUAUCAAUGGAAGCUCUUCUUCAUGUUAACCAGUGGGAGCUACGAUGCGAGGAAAGUAGUUAAUACCCUGGAGCAUAUCUAUUUCAAGCCAUUCGCCCACGUCGGCGGCUACGUCCUGGGAGUCGUGUGUGGCUACAUCGCUACGUGCUACAGGGCACUACCAGUGCACCGGGUGGUCCAGGGAGUCCUGUGGCUUUUUUCGGCAGGAGCCAUUGCUUUCGUCGUGUACAUUCCGUACCCGUGGAACCUGGGCAACCUCCCUAGUGAAAUUGUCAACGCCCUCUACGGAGGAUUUCAUCGCGUCCUGUGGUCUCUAGGGCUGUGCUGGCCCGCUUACGCGUGUGCGACUGGACGCGGUGGUUACUUGAACGCAUUCCUCUCCUGGAAAGCUUUCAUGCCAUUGGCACGCCUGACAUACGGCGUUUACCUCAUCCAUUUCCUCCUCCUCAUUUUCCGAAUGGGACACCUCAAACAGCCCGUCGACAUGGGAGAGUAUUUUCAACUCAUCACAGCCCUGGGCGUGUACACGUUGAGCUUCGCUCUCGCUUACCUGUUGUACAUCUUCUGCGAAGCUCCAGCGAUGCGCUUCGAGAAACUCCUCUUCGAGCCUGCGAAGGUCGUCAAAAAAGUCACAAUUAAGGAAGAACCGGAGCAAGACCAGAAGCCUACAUAAAAUACGAAAGCUACAGCAGCGACGUGUCAAGAGUGAAAAAAAAAACUUUUCAGUUGCGGCUGUUGAGGGGUGACGCCUCGAGGCUACGGCGGAGUUCGUACUCGUGCAUGUACCGCGCCUGUGAUGGGCUUACAGGUGUAUAUGGAGCUGCCAUGUGAUAUUUACGUAAAAAGGGGAGGAAGCAAAGCACAUGUAAAUAGGCGGUGCCCUUUCCAAGUUGUGAAGCCACUCUGAAUUAUAUUUUCAUAUUUUUA